AUGAUGUGGAAUUCAAGAUUCCUGAUUCUCCUGUCUUUUUUGUUUCUCAUGGAUUUGGUUACUGCUAAAAAGCAAUGCAAGACAGAAGUUAGCAUACCUGGUACGGCUCUCAAAGGAUGUAUCUUUAAGAAGGUCCUAGUAGCAGCUCCUCAUGUGUGCGUUAUCGCCUGCGAGAGGGAAAGGAAAUGUCAAAGCUACAAUUAUGUAAUUGGGGAAAAGUCCUGUGAAUUAAACACCCGGACCAAGGAAGCAAGGCCUGAGAAUUUCCAGCCAGAUGAUUUACGCUUUUACAUGGGACGCAUUAGUGGUAGAACCCCUUUAGGAUCUAUUCCGGAAUUACCAGCGUCAUCGUGCCAAGAGAUAAAACUAAGUGAAGGUAAAGAAAGUAUCAGUAAAAAGUACUGGUUGGAACAAGCUAAUAUCGGAAGUUCAAAGUUGGUUUAUUGCGACAUGAGCUUGGGAGACAUCAAUGAAUGCAAAGGCAGCAAUAACGAUUGUGACAAAAAUGCAAACUGCUCCAAUACUGUUGGGUUUUAUAAUUGCAUCUGCAAAGAAGGAUUUACUGGGGAUGGACACUUGUGCUCAGCCGACCCAUGUUAUGAUUAUCAAAACUUGAGUGAUGCUAAUAGAAAGAGCAGUUCCGUUACACCGGUAUCUGGACCAGUGUUGUGUGAGAACCAACUCACCGGGGGAUGGUAUCGUUUUGUGGGAGCUGCAGGAACAAAAAUGCCUACAUCUCGUGUGCCAGCAAACAGAUGUGGCACAGACUGGUCAGGCUGGUUGGAUGGUAUUCAUCCUACUGUAGAAGAUGGUAAUGUCAACAGGAAUGUCUGCUUUAAUGAUCGCUCUACUGGUUGCAAAUACUCAAAAACUAUUGUUGUAAAAAACUGUGGAUCCUACUUCAUCUACAAACUUCAACAGCCACCUUGUAACUCACGCUACUGCGGUGCGGACUAA